AUGGCGGCUGUCACCGUACACUCCGACGAGCAGCAAUGUGGUGUAGAACAGAUUGUUUCUAGAGCUGGUAUUGUAACAUACAAUGUUGGCUGUCUUUCUACACGCGCUUGCGCUGUUCCUGUUAAAAGAGAUGUAUCCCGUUUGUCUGCAAGAUCAAUGUUUGGAACAGAUUCAGGGAUUAUAACGUGCCAGCAAUGCUGUAAUGGUACAGACCUUUGUAACAACCAAGGUUGUGGAAUUUCAGGCUUUGAUCCAUCGACUGGAAAAUAUUGUUACUCCUGUCCACAACAUGCACAAGCUGACAAAUGCGAUCACAUAAACUUUUGCUACAAAGAUCAGGACUGCUACAUUGGAGAAACAACUUUUGUCUCGGACAGUUUCUAUGAAUCUCGAUGCCAAAGUAAACCACUCUGUCCAGUAGCUGGAAGUGGAAAAACGGCCUGCUGCAGUACCCAACUUUGUAAUUCAGGAAAUCUACUAUCGAGUGGUUCGCCCGGCCGAACAACUCCAAUACCUCAUGUAAACCAUACAGCUCCACAUUGUCCUUCACAAUGGAUAAUUAGAAAAAUAUCAGAUAGUGCCCAAUUUCUGUACUGUUUCUAUCCAAAUAAACAGGUUUCAUGGGCGACGGCAAAGCUGAUAUGUAAUCAUCACAACACUCAUCUACCUAUCAUAGAAACAGACCAAGAAAAAGCUAUCAUCGACGGAAUCACAUCUCAUGCUGAGAUAUGGCUGGAUGCGACAGAUAAAGAUAGAGAAGGUGUCUACAUUUGGAGCACAUCAAACGAGACAGUGUUAAAAUAUUACUGGGCUGAUAAUGAGCCGGACGAUCAGAGAUAUCCUGAGGACGAAGACUGCUUGGAAAUGGGCCCAAAUUAUCUAAUGGGCUGGAACGAUGCUCCUUGUGAUAGGCUUGUAGGAGUUUUGUGUGAAUACGGCGUAACGAAGCAUGUCCAACAGCCAUCAAUAGCUUGUCCAACUGGAUGGAGAUCAGCAUUUAAUCUGGAGUACUGCAUUGUGAGAAAAUCCUUAAAUUGGUAUCAGUCUAAGAAUUACUGCAUAACUCUGGGAGCCCACUUGCCAAUACUUGAUAGCAGUGCCAAAAUGGACAAAAUUCGUCAGUUUGAACCGAACAUGGAAUUUUGGACUGACGGCACAGAGGAACAACAUCAGGGACGCUGGCAAUGGAGUGCAAUCUCAGAAGACAUUCACAACAAUUUGUGGCUAGAUGGGGAACCAAACAAUUACCUGGGUCUGAAAGAAGACUGUAUGGAAACUGGAGAAAAGUAUGGUUGGAGAUGGAAUGACGCGCCGUGUUCAUGGCAGAACAGAAGUACACAUAUUGUUUGCGAGAAACCAAACCCUAAAUUUGAUACUGUCUUUGGAUAAGCAAGUCCGUCAUUUUUUACUGGAUUAAAAAAAAUCGUCUAGGUUGUCAAUUGUUAAUCAAUGCUUUAGUAAGGACUUUGUUUUCUACAUCGUAUUAGUUAAAUUUAGUUUCACAGGGUUGGUCGCAUAUUUGUGGGGGAAAAAAUAGUUAAAGAAAUAUAACAUAAUUAAAAUUGUACUUAUUUAAUUGUAAUUGUUGUUACGGUAUCAACAAAUAAAUUUUUCUUCUGAUU